AUGGCCGAGCUGGCGGCGGGCGGCGUCCCGGGCGAGCCCCCCUCUGGGCCGGCGGCGGAGCCCCCCGCGGGCGCCCCGUUGCGAGGCCCGCCCUGCCGCCGCCUGCGCGCCGUGGAGCCGGUGCUGCUGCUGGCCACGCUGGCCCUGGCCCUGCAGGCGCCGCUCUGCCCGCAGCUGCUCUGGGACCGGCUGGCCCCGCGCAACGGCUCCGGCCCCGGCCCCGGCCCGCCAGGAGAGCCCGGCGGCUGCCCCAACCACACCGGCCCCGGGCCCGGCCCUCAGGAGCUGGAGACUCUGGUGGCCCACUGGAACCUCUACCUCAACCUGGCUGGCUUCUUUGUGGGGCUCUUCUCAGUGACCCUCUUUGGCCCCUGGAGCGACAGCGUGGGACGCCGGCCGGUGCUGAUCCUGCCCGCACUGGGCAUGGCCCUGCAGGCAGCCAUCUACCUGGUGGUCAUGUACGCCGAGCUGCCCGUGGGCUACCUGUUGGUGGGCCGGGUGCUCAGCGGCCUCUCCGGCGACUACAACCUGAUCCUCGCCGGCUGCUUCGCCUACGUGGCCGACGUCAGUGACCGGACGGCCCGCACUUUCCGGGUGGCCGUCCUGGAGGCCUGUCUGGGCCUGGCGGGCAUGGUAGCGAGCGUGCUGGGCGGGCAGUGGCGCAAGGCACAGGGCUACGUGGCCCCCUUCUGGCUGGUCUUCGCGGCCAGCCUUGCCGCGGCCCUCUACUCGGCCUUCGUCCUGCAGGAGUCGGUGCCGCAGAGGCAGCCGCAGCGGCUUCUCACGCUCCGCCAUUACAAGGCCGUGUAUCGGCUGUACGCCGGCCCUGCCCGUGGGCAGACGUGGCACCAGCUGCUCCUUUACUCGCUGGCCUUCUUCAUGGUGGUGACGGUGCACUUUGGGGCCCGGGAGAUCCUGGUGCUCUACGAACUCGGCCCCCCGCUCUGCUGGCAGUCGGAGCUGAUUGGCUACGGCUCGGCCGCCCAUUACCUGACCUACCUGAGCAGCCUGGUGGGGCUGCGGCUGCUGCAGAGGUGCCUGCGGGACGCCUGGGUGGCCGAGCUGGGUCUGCUCUCCAACGCACUGGGGCUGGUGACCAUGGCGCUGGCAGGGACCACAGCCCUGAUGUUUACAGGUUACGGCCUUCUCUUCCUCUCCAUGAUGGUUACUCCUGUAAUCCGCUCCAAACUCUCCAGAUUGGUUGGCGAGACCGAGCAAGGGGCGCUCUUUGCCGCCGUGGCCUGCGUGGAGGGGCUGUGCUCCCUCGUGGCCACGGGGGUCUUCAGCUCCCUCUUUCCGGCCUGCCUGUCCUUCAUGAGGGGCUUCCCCUUCCUCUUCGGAGCCCUCCUCCUCCUCGUGCCGGCUGCCAUCAUCGGGGGGAUAGAGAUCCGAGACGGCAGCCCUGGAUACCAGCAUUUUGGGGAUCUUCCAGAGCCGCCGGAGGAAGCCGAGCCGUCCCCCCGACACGACUGAAGCCGUUGAGCCUCCUGGGCACAGAGGAUCCGCCUUCUCCAGGCGGGGACCGAUUGAUCGCGGCCGUCUGGAACCACGACUGAUCAGGGCUCAGGCCUUGGGACGGUGUGAACACACAAAGGAGUGGUCUUGCGUCUAAACCAGGGGGCUCAGCACUUGGCCACUAUAACACCUGUGGACUUCAGUUCCCAGAAUUCCCCAGCCAACUCUGUAAUUCUGGGAGUUGAAGUCCACAAGUCUUAAAGUGGCCAGGUUUGGAGAGCCCUGGUUUAGGGACUGCAAGGGCCCGAGACCAGGCAGCUGGCUCCCCGGGGCUCUUCCUGCUGGUACUUGGCAGAGGAAUCCCAAUACCUCCCGACAGUGGGAGGAAUUUGAGAAUGUUUUGGGGGUCUUCAGAUUUGGCCCUGCCAAAACUCUUCCUGAUGAGAGGCUGCCAGGACCGAAGCAAGGGGCUGAAAAGGGGGAAUGACCGCUGGGGACCGGCCCUUGCCCCACUGGGAUUGCUGAGACCUGCAGUCUCCCCUGCCAGCCCCCUACCUGGAUUUUCCUGGGGGCCGAGGGACAAUAAAAGAGAAACUGAAGUGAC